UCUACAUGUCUACAUGCGUCUUGAAGCAUCUUGGACAUUUUGGAGGUUACGUUACAAAUUUAUUGUUUCGACAAAUGCAAAUGAAUCAUCGAAUUGGAUUCGUAUCCGGCAGAAAGCUUUGCCAUAA